AUGAGGAAGGGACUGGGAGAUGUCAGCAUAACGACAUCAGAUGGCGCGGAGGUUUCCUGCCACAAGUGCGUCCUUGUCGCCAGGAUGGAGUACUUCAGGAGCAUGUUUGCUAGUCACUGGAUGGAGACCAACAACAUGGCUCCAAUAAAACUGGCAAUCGAGAGCAGAGUUUUCCAUGUUCUUCUUCACUAUUUAUAUUACGACUCUCUUGACGGAUCGUCCUCAUAUGACUUGGACCUGUUGUGUCAUUGUUUGGUUGCAUCUGAUCAGUACUUGCUUCCCAGGCUCCAAAGCAUCAUUGAAGUUGAACUCUCUCAGAUGGGUUUCACCUUGAAGAACGUGUGCAACCUCUUCCAUCUGUCCAGCGUUUGCAAUGCCACACAGCUGAAGGACAAGUGCCUGGAGUUCAUGACCAUCAACAUUGCCAUACUCUUUGAAAUCGGAGCAUUCAAAUAUAUGGAGGAGAGUCUUUUGAAAGAUGUUUCAGCCUGCUACAGAGAGAAGAUUCUACACGGAAGAAAUCGUGCUAUUGGGCCGUACACUCACGUGCCGUUGCUGGGUGACCAAUCAGAGGAGACUGCAUCAUCCCAAGAGGUUGAUAAUAUGACGAGUCCGCAUGCAUAUUUAAGUGGUAAACACAAGAAACGUCGACCAAGAACAAAAUCCAGCAUGUCGGAACAUUCCUUCACUGACGAUGACGACAUUGCGACGUCAUCACCAUUAGAAGGUUCUUUUGUGAAUGAAGGUCUGAAAGAAGAGAUCCAAGAUGAGGCCUUUAACUCGUUUGAUGCUGGCGAUUUUAUGUUGAACAUCAACAAAAAUAACAACAAGUUGGAGAGGAAAGAUGCUGAUGGAAGGGGCUCUGGCGCCAUAAAAGAGAAGUUGAAUGUUGAUAGUGAUAGUGGUGGUGGUGAUGGUGGUGAUGGUGACGGACACGUGGAUUGCUCAGCUGUUCGAUUGAGUCAUGCAACCGUUGCAGCAUCAUCCGAUCUCAUUCAGGUGCUUCUAACGACGUGCAACAAUUUGAAAACUUGCCUCAACAACAAUAAUGACAUCAAUAUGCGGUGCCAUAAUCCGAUCGUCAAUGAAUUCGUGUCGAAUAUAGAUGUUAGUACACCUGUCGAGAAAGGCAUCUCUUUAAAGCAAAUCAUUAUGGAAGAAGAAAAUGUUACUCGUAAAAUUCAACCCAAAUCAAUAAAAAUUGUUAAAACUGAAUCCAAGAAGUUAUCCCAGAAGGAUCGCAAGAGAGCAGAGAGGGAGAUGAAGAGUCACAUGUCUGCCAGUGUUGACGACCCUGGUGCAGCUGCUGUUCAUCGCGUCCCCUUCCUUAACAUCCACACAAACAAUGCUGAUAACUCAGCUGCUCUCCAUCCAAACAACGUCACCCUAGCUAAUGUAGCUGGUGCCUCUGAUAAGUUCAGUGAAAUCUGCAAGAAAAGUUCCGUGAAAGCAUCUUUGCCGUGGAAAAUUUUGGUGACCAGCGCCUCAGCAAAUGUUCCAUCCAGUACCAGCCAACUCGGUGCAUCAGAAGCCACUACUGCCAGCACGAACGUGAACGUCCAACAUUUUCCGUCGCUGAAGGACGUCAUAUCCAUGCAGGCACAAGCGUCACCUGCCGCUGCCACGGCCGCUGCUCUACACAGGACGAAGAUGCCAUGCAAACUAACAACUUGCAAACAGUCUUCAAGCGCCUCCACUCACCCAGCUUCUAAUAGAGUUGCUCACACUUCACAGCAUCUGUCAACAUCGUCAACAUCAGUUGCAACAUCACAUCUCAUAACUACUUCAAAAUGUGACUCACUCCAACAAAAUCAUAUCACUGCAGCAGCAUCAUCAUCAUCGUCGUCGGUUUGGCAUACGAGUCCAAUUUCCUUUUCAUCCACUGAAACAACUUGCAGUGGCGGGAAAGUGUUUAGCGCCAUCUUGGACGAGGAAAAGAAACAAGAAGAAGAGAACAGACGGAUGGAAAACAAAAGCUUGCAUCUUGUUCAGUUGGAAGAGCAGGCAAUGCAAGAGUUGUACGAUCAUUACAUCUCCUUGUCAAAAUCGUCGUCCUAUGGCAAGUACAAAGAGACCAUCAGUGUUAGAAGAGCAACUGCAACUGCCUCGAGACCGCUGUGGAAGGCGACUCAGAGACAGCUUUGAUGGGAUGCUUAUGAUGUAAUGUUAAUGGUAUCAUGCUGCUGAUGUCAUGUCUAUAUUUUAUAUGUGAUGUUGAUGGGAUCGUUCAAUAUGUAAAAAGUAUUUUUUUGCAUUUUAUUUUUGAUUAUUUACAAUUUAAUGCGUGUUUCUAUUAUAUUUAACUUUUACGUUCUGUGAGAUGUUUGUUCAAACGUUUCAUCACAUAAGCGACUGAUUACGUGUUUAAUCAUUGUCACGAUCAUAAAUCGUCAUCCUUUAAAAUUAAUCCCUGAUUUAUUAAUAAUAUUUUAUCAUUAUUAUGUUUCCUUUGUAAUUAUUUCUUGAUAUGAAUUAGUUAAUCUAAUGAAUUUGUGUAUCAUUAUCUGAAUUAACUUGAUUUUAAUUUAACCAUUCGCUUUUUUGUGUUUGUACUUCAUUGACCGGCAAUAACAGUUUUGUUAGUCACGUAACUAACCGGUAGCAUGUACAUUGUACAUAAUCUACGAUCAUUGCACCGCACAUGCACUUAUGUUGGACAGGUUUAUAAAUAAAUUACAAUUACUAUU